AUGACUGAGUUGAAGGAAAGAAAUGCUCAAGCUAUAAAGAAAAAAAUAGCAGAAGCAGAAAAGAAAAACGAUGACCUUCGAGAUAAGAUUGAAAAUGAGACUCAAAAGAACAAUAUUUUGAUUUUAUUACAAUCUGAAUACGAAAAAAUGCGAGAUGACUUUCUCGAAGAGGAACAAAAGAAUUUAUUAGAAAUACAAAAUCUUUCGCUUGAUGUUAAAAAUGUUAAAAAGCUUGUUCCAGAUAAAAAAAGCUAUGAUCUUCAUGAUAACAACUUAGAAGAAGGUGAACAAGCCCUCAUGAACGAAAUAGAGAAAAUGGAAGCUGCUAACUAUCAAUUUGACAGAACUCAAUCACAACUUAACUCAGUUUCUCAAAAAUUAAAAGAUUUAACACCUGUUGUCGAUCAACUGGAGAUUAUAGUUCUCAAAUACGAAAGUAUAUCCAAAUCUUUAACAAAAGUGCCGUCAUAUUACAUAACAAUUGAAGACUUAGAGACAGAGUUACAAAAUUUGCGAACGAACAAUCCAAUAAGGAAGCAGAACAUUACUAAGAAAAUAGACGAAAUAAAGAAUUUAGAAAUGGAUAAUUCGUUAAAAAUGUUAGAAUUGAGAAGAAAUCAAGCAAAAUUAGAUGGUACUACCGCUGAAAUUACUGUAAAUGAAUCGAAUCUCGCAUCUGUUAUUGUUGAACUUCAAAAUUGGAACAUAGAAUUGCAAAAAUCAAAUUUGACAGUUCAAGCAUAUAAAGAAGACGCUUUAACACAAGUCAUUAAGGAAAUAGAUGAGAAUAAUAAAGUAAUAGCAGAUUUACGAAAACGUCUUGAAGAAAUACAAAAUGAAAAUAAAGAUUUUCCACGAGUUUUCAAAGAAAUUGAAGCAAAUGAUGCGAGAUCUGUAGGUAAAAAGAAACAGCUUGUGACUGAAUUGACUCGAAAGAUAAAUGAGACAAAAAGUCAGAUUUUGAGAUCAAAUUCAAUGUCUGAAGAAGUUAUGGCGCUCACAGUUAAAAUGGAAGAAGAGUGGACGAGUCAGCAAGAACUUUCCGAUAAGUGCGCUGCCUUAACUAAAGAAUUAUAUGAUUUGAAAGAAUAUAGCGACAGAAAAUCAGAAAUUCUUGAACUCCUCAAGGAUUUGGCAUCUAAAGAAGUGAGAAAGAAUGUAGGAAUCAAAUCUCUCGAGCAACUUUAUGAUGUUGCCGCAGAACAAAAUAGAUUAUUAUCAAGACAAAAUAAAAUGGUUGAAGUUGAGUUUGAAAAGGCUCAAAAUGAGUUGGCAAGCCUUUCUUAA